GUCUGUAGUUCAGUUCCAAACUCUUCCAAAGUUUGAAACAGGGCAAUUACACGAAUUCCUCCUUAAAAAGAUCUAAACGGUUCUUCUUCUCUAUCAGGACAAAAGUCCUUAAUGGCGAUCGACGGGAGUUUUAGUCUGCAAUACGAAUUGGACAGAUUCCUUACUCGUUGUCCUAAGCUUCGAUGCAUUCCCGGAUUGCAGUCACUCUCGCAGAAGGGAGACAGCUUGACAGAAGAAGAAGUUGUGAACUCGCUAGCCGAGCUGUUUCUGCAUCCAAAUUAUACAAUCCCUAUGAUGGGCUGUUUCCGUCCUGUCGCUCGAAAGAUUGUGGACAGAGCAGUGGCUUUACUUCGACUAGUUCAGAGCUUGAAAUUGGAUUCUGAAGAUACAGUCCCAGGCAUUGGGGAGAAUGGACAUACCUGUGAAACAGGAAAUUGUGAUGUUGUGGAUGACGUUAUUGUUAUUGAUUUAUAUGUUAGGAGCGGAAGGUGUUUGAAGCUUCAUGAACUCGCCUCUUUGGCAUUCUGUCGAGCCCUUGAAUUGGCACCUUUUCUGUUGGGGUCUGUGUUAAAUUAUUUCAAAUUUGCUCCACCUCCUUUCCAACGUCUUUUAGCAACUGAUUCAACCUCACAGCUCAUAGAGAAGGAGGGAACUCGCUUGCUAAAUGCUGUUCGGACAUCUUACCGCUUCCUCCUACUAAAGCCUAAUGUCUUCUCUGAACUUUGGAACUGGUCUUGUUUCAUGAACCUCGUCCAACACUCUCCGAAUGUUGGUUCAGGAAAUAAUCCAGAGCUUUUAAAAGUCAUUUUGGACAUAAAAUGGUGCGGGAUACAGAUAUUAUCAAACAUUUUGAGAAUGAGUGAUAGAGCAACGUCAUGCUGUGGUCUUGAUGCAGAAAAUUCUUUUUCAUGUUUAUUACGCUGGGAUGAGUUCUGUGAGGAUGUAUCAGUAGAAAAAGCUAGCUGGUAUCUUGAAAGAACUGAACAACAAAGUGGAGAUUUUGUUGAUGGAAGCAUUGAUUUCGAUCAGGAGUACUGCCUGCAGUCUUUUGGGCUUCUGUGUUCUGAAGUUUCUUCUUUAGAGCCCUUAAGUAGAAACAGAAGGCUGUCAACAUUGGGUAGAAAAUUAGCAAACAGUCCCUUUGUGUUGACUUCAGCUGUGAAAAAGAGCUUUGAGAUGGUCCUGCUGGCAGUAAGCCAGAAAUGGCCUGUUCUUCUAUAUGGUUCUACAGGUUCUGGAAAGACGGCAUUGAUUAGCAAGUUGGCCCAAGUUAGUGGGAACAAAGUUCUUUUUAUUCACAUGGAUGAACAUAUGGAUGGGAAAACACUGAUUGGGAGUGACAUCUGUUCGGAAAUACCUGGGGAAUUCAGAUGGCAGCCUGGUUCUCUUUCACAGGCAGUUCUGCAUGGACUUUGGGUAGUCUUUGAAGGCAUUGACAAAGCACCACUUGAUGUACAGUCUAUCUUAUUGCCUCUAUUGGAGGGUACAAGUUCAUUUGUGACUGGUCGUGGGGAGGCAAUAACUGUGUCUGAAAGCUUCAGAUUAUUUGCUACAAUGUCAAUUCCUAAGCAUGAUAGCUCUCACAAUUCAGAAGGCAGGAUCUCCCUUAGUGUCCUAUGGAGGAAAGUCAUGAUUGGGCCAUCGAGUAAUAAAGAUUUAUUAGACAUAGUGAAUAUCUGGUAUCCAAAACUGGAGACUAUUGUCGAGAAACUCAUAGAAACCUUUGAAAGGGUUAAUGCUGCCCCUUCACAUCAACGCGGAGGAUUUCAGGUUGGAAAUCCUGCUUCUUCUGGUUCUUUUGGCAGAUUCUCGUUGCGGGAUCUCAUAAAAUGGUGUAAAAGAAUUACAGGUUUAGGUUUUAGCUUUGUGGGGCCAAGGUUGUCUGCUUACGAAUGUAAAAGCAUUUAUAAGGAGGCUGUUGAUAUUUUUGCUUCAUCCUCGGCUUCUUCUGAGAACCGUUUGUUUAUGAUGAGAGAAAUAGCAAAAAUUUUGGAAGUACCCGUUACAGAGGCAGAAAGAUUACUUCCUCUUAAUAAGCCCAUAAUCCAGGAUUUGCAGACAGAAUUACAAGUUGGACGAAUUUCUCUCAAAUGCUCUCAAUUACAUCGCCAAAAGAGACCUUUUGUGGAUAUUCGUAGUUCACUUCAUGUUCUUGAGAAGAUAGCUUGUUCUGUUAAGUACAAUGAGCCUGUUCUCCUGAUUGGUGAAACUGGUACUGGAAAAACAACACUUGUACAGAAUCUGGCAAUGAGGCUUGGUCAACCACUUACCGUGUUGAACUUAAGCCAGCAGAGUGAUGUUGCUGAUCUAUUAGGUGGAUUUAAGCCUACUGAUGCACGGUUUAUUUGCAUACCACUUUAUAAUGAGUUUCUGGGCUUGUUCUCUAGGACCUUUUCUGUAAAGGAAAAUGAGGAUUAUCUUGUGCGACUGGGAAAACUUAUUGCCGAUAAGAAGUGGAAAAGGCUAUUAAAUGGAUUUCAGAGAGCUCUUAUUGUUUUUUUUAAGGACCCAGUCUGUGAAGUGGGAGGAUCUGGAUGUGGUACAAAGCGGAAGAGACCUUUGGCUGAAGAACUCCCCAAAGAUUGGAAGAGUUUCUCUAUAAAACUUGACAGUGUUCGCAGGCAGAUUGGCGCCUCAACUUGCAUGGCUUUCUCAUUUGUAGAAGGAGCUUUUGUAACAGCACUUAGAAAGGGCCACUGGAUUUUGUUUGAUGAAGUGAAUUUGGCCCCUCCAGAGAUGUUGCAGAGAAUUAUAGGGGUUCUAGAAGGAGACCAGGGUUCAAUUUGUUUGACUGAGAGAGGAGAUGUCAACUAUAUUGACCGCCACCCUGAUUUUCGUAUAUUUGCUUGUAUGAAUCCUGCAACUGAUGCUGGAAAGCGGGACUUACCAUAUUUUCUGCGGAAUAGGUUCACAGAAUAUUUUGUUGAUGAUGUGUUGGAUGAUGAAGAUUUAUGUCUCUUUGUUAAUCAAUUUAUGGAUGAGCACCGUCCUAAUAGAGAACUAGUCAAUAAAGUCGUACAAUUUUAUAAAGCAGCCAAGAAAGAAUCUCAAGAGAGGCUGCAGGAUGGGGCCAAUCAGAAGCCCCAGUAUAGUUUGAGGUCUCUUUACCGCGCACUAGAAUAUACAAAGAAGGCGGAAAAGAACUUUGGAUUCCGAAAGGCACUUUAUGAUGGAUUUUGUAUGUUUUUUCUUACAAUGCUGGAUGGACCUAGUGCCAAACUUAUGAACAGUAUGUUAUUGUCAUAUUUAUUAGGGGGGGAUCUGCCCCCAAAUGUUCCCUUUGAUGGUUACCUUGUCAACAGAGGGAACCUCAGGUCUGAUGCUUUCUCAGAGAACUAUAUUUUGACGAGAAGUGUGAAGGAGCAUCUUAUGAACCUUGCACGUGCUGUUUUGAUUAAAAGAUACCCCGUUCUAUUACAGGGGCCCACUUCUAGUGGGAAGACUAGCCUCGUCCAGUAUCUCUGUGCUAUUACUGGUCAUGAAUUUGUACGCAUAAAUAAUCAUGAGCACACUGAUCUCCAGGAGUACUUAGGUUCCUACAUAACUGAUAAUUAUGGCAAGCUUGUGUUUCAAGAAGGUGUUUUGGUUAAGGCUGUUCGCAAUGGAUACUGUAUUGUUCUGGAUGAACUUAACCUGGCACCAUCAGAUGUGCUGGAAGCACUAAACCGGUUAUUAGAUGAUAACAGGGAGCUUUUUGUACCAGAACUCCAGGAAACAGUUACUGCACAUCCUGAUUUUAUGCUUUUUGCCACACAAAACCCUCCAACUUUUUAUGGUGGGCGUAAAAUGCUUUCUAGAGCAUUUCGUAACCGUUUUGUAGAGAUUCAUGUUGAUGAAAUUCCGGAAAAUGAGUUAGGUACAAUACUGGAAAAGAGGUGCAAAAUCCCUGAGAGCUAUGCUAAACAAAUGAUUGAUGUAAUGAAGGAUUUGCAGGUGCAUAGACAGAGCAGCAAAAUUUUUGCUGGAAAACAUGGUUUCAUAACCCCACGUGAUUUGUUUCGAUGGGCUGAUCGUUUCCGGACAUUUGGGAAUUCCCAUAAAGAUUUGGCAGAAGAUGGCUAUUUUCUUUUGGCUGAAAGGUUACGUGAUGAAAAUGAGAAGAAAGUUGUUGAAGAGAUUUUGAAGAGGCAUGUUUCAAAUGAACUUGUUAAAGAUGACUUGUACAUGCAGGAGCCAGCUGGUGGCCACACUGUGUUGGACUUCUGCAAGUACUCUGGUGUAUCAGAAAAUCUGGGAAAUAUUGUUUGGACUAAAAGUAUGUGGAGGCUAUAUUUUCUUCUUGAGCGUUGCUACAAAAUGCGUGAACCAGUCCUUCUUGUUGGUGAGACUGGUGGUGGGAAGACCACUGUUUGCCAGCUACUUAGCAUUAUUUUGGGGUCAAAAUUGCAUAUUUUGAAUUGCCAUCAGUACACAGAAACAUCAGAUUUUCUCGGGGGGUUCUAUCCUGUACGGGAGAGGUCAAGAUUAACUGAAGAAUUCAAGCAUCUCGUUGAUCAGCUGUUUCUGUCAAAGACAUUUCUGCACUUUCCCAGAGAUAUUAAAAUAUCUUCUGAUAUAAGUCAAGCUUCUUCAACGCUUGAUCAGCUUUCUGUGAUUAUAAAUAGCUACAGACAAGGUCUUGUCUUUCAUCCAGAUGUCACCCCAAGUGAUCUUGAUACAUUAGAGAAAGUGAAACUGGCCCUAGUUGAGCUUCACCAGAAGUGGCAGACCAUAUUUACAUGGCAAGAUGGGCCUCUUGUACAAGCAAUGAAAGAUGGAAAUCUGUUUCUUGUGGAUGAGAUCUCCUUAGCUGAUGAUAGUGUUCUUGAAAGAUUAAACAGUGUAUUGGAAUCUGAAAGAAAAUUGUCUUUGGCUGAGAAAGGUGGCUCUGUUUUGGAGGAGAUAACUGCACAUCCAAGUUUCUUCCUUCUUGCUACGAUGAAUCCUGGUGGUGAUUAUGGGAAGAAGGAGUUAUCUCCAGCUCUCCGAAAUCGGUUCACUGAGAUAUGGGUUCCUUCCGUUAGCGACAUAAAUGAGCUUAGAAGUAUUGCUGUGCAGAGAUUUGUCAAAUCUGAACUCUUAUACAUCACGGAUCCAAUGCUUAACUUCUGGGAAUGGUUCAACCAGUUACAGACAGGGAGGAUGCUUACCGUGAGAGAUAUCUUAUCUUGGGUUGAUUUUAUAAAUGUGACAGAGGGAAGUCUAGGAUCUGAUUAUGCAUUCAUGCAUGGUGCCUUUCUUGUUUUGCUUGAUGGUCUGAGCUUAGGUAGCAGUAUAUCUAGGGAAUAUGCAGGAGGACUGAGAGAGAUAUGUUUGUCCAAACUUCUGGAAGAACUAAAGAUGGUCAAUACUGGUUCGGUCGACUCUCAUUUGACUGACAAGGAAAAUUAUGGGUGGGGUGAUCAUGGAAUCACUGUAGAUGCCUUGUGCGCUAAUAAUGUGCAUUCUAACUAUGUUUUUGGUAUUGAUCCAUUUUACAUUACAAAAGGUAAUGAGGAGGCUAAACCUGUGGGAUUUGAGUUUCUAGCCCCUACCACUCGUAGGAAUACUUUGCGUCUGCUGCGUGCAAUGCAGCUUGCAAAACCUGUGUUACUGGAAGGUAGUCCAGGUGUUGGAAAAACUAGUCUGAUUAUUGCACUCGGCAAAUUUUCUGGGCAUAAAGUUGUUCGCAUCAACCUUUCUGAGCAGACUGAUGUCAUGGAUUUAUUGGGUUCUGACUUGCCUGUGGAAUGCGAUGAAGGAAUGAAAUUUGCAUGGUCUGACGGGAUCCUUCUACAGGCUUUAAAGAGUGGAAGUUGGGUUUUAUUGGAUGAACUUAAUCUUGCUCCACAGUCCGUGUUAGAGGGUCUCAAUGCCAUUCUAGAUCACCGGGCUGAGGUCUUUAUUCCAGAGCUAGGGUGUACUUUUAAGUGCCCGCCAUCUUUCAGAGUUUUUGCAUGUCAAAAUCCUUCAUCCCAAGGUGGAGGAAGGAAAGGCCUUCCGAAAUCAUUUCUUAAUCGCUUCACUAAGGUGUAUGUGGAUGAGUUAGUUGAGAAGGAUUAUCUCUUCAUCAGUAAUUCACUCUUUCCAACAAUCCCUAGAGCUUUACUCUCAAAGUUGAUUUUAUUUAAUAAACGAUUGUAUGAAGAUACAAUGGUAUUCCACAAAUAUGGUCAGGAUGGUUCCCCCUGGGAAUUUAAUCUGCGAGAUGUUAUUCGGUCAUGUCAAAUAAUAGAAGGUGCACCUGAAAUUUCACAAGAAGAUUGCUUUCUUAAUAUCAUAUACGUUCAGAGAAUGCGUACCGCAGCUGAUCGUAGAGAAGUUAUGCAACUCUAUGAAGAGGUUUUUGGGUUGAAGCCAUCUAUAAAUCCUUAUCCAGGGGUACAGAUUGAUCCACAGAAAUUGAUUGUGGGGAAUGCAGCUAUGGAUAGAAAUCGUUUUCAACCAUCCAAAAUUUCAGAAAGCCAGCUUAGCAUAUUACCAGGAAUUCGCAAUAGCUUGGAAGCUACUCUACAAUGUGUACAGAAUCAAUGGUUGUGCAUCUUGGUUGGUCCAUCAUCAUCUGGUAAAACUUCACUUGUCAGAUUACUUGCAGAGCUCACUGGAAAUGUGCUCAAUGAAUUGAAUCUUUCAUCUGCAACUGAUAUUUCUGAAUUGAUUGGAUGCUUUGAGCAAUACAAUGCCUUCCGCAGUUUUCGCAACGUCAUUGCUCAAGUUGAGCAAUACAUUAGCGAGUAUUGCAGUCUAAAUUUGGAAUCAUCGAUGCGGUCAUUUUUAAUUGAACGCAAAAAUUUACUUAACCAAUGGCUUGCCUUCUUAUGCGACAUAAAUUGCAGUUCUCUUUCAAGUUACACUUGCACAGAUUUUGAGAGAUGGAACAGUGAAUCCUAUAGUUUGCUGGGCUCAUUGGUUAAGAUCAUUGAACAGCUAAAGCUUGAUUUACAGAAAUAUCAGUUACCUGUAUCCUGCUCCUGGAAUCAACUGGAUCAGUCUCUGGAGGUGAUAACAAACUUGCAAAAAAGUCACAGCAGACGGCCAUCUCCUGCAAAGUUUGAAUGGAUCAUGGGGCUACUAGUCAAGGCUAUUGAGAAUGGGGAAUGGAUUGUUCUGGAGAAUGCAAAUCUUUGCAAUCCUACGGUUCUUGAUAGGAUCAACUCUCUUGUGGAAUCCAGUGGAUCCAUUACUAUCAAUGAGCGUGGGCUUGUGGAUGAUAAACCUAUGGUCCUUCAUCCCCACCACAAAUUUCGAAUGUUUCUCACAGUUAACCCACAGUAUGGUGAAGUCUCUAGAGCAAUGCGAAAUAGAGGAGUUGAGAUAUUUAUGAUGCAACCUGACUGGCUGCUUGAUGGGAAAAGUGGUUAUGAUUGUAAGGAAAAUGUGCUAAGAAAUGUGAAGAGGUUUCUAGUUCUAGCGGGUAUCCCUGUUAGUGGGCUUGUUGAUGCAAUGGCUGAAGCACAUAUGUAUGCUAGCAAUGCAGCUUUGUGCCUUGGGAUGCAAAUAACACUACUAGAGCUUACCCGUUGGGUUCAGUUAUUCCAGCAGUUGCUCAUGAAUGGGAAUAGGCCUGUAUGGAGUCUUCAGUUAAGUUGGGAACAUACAUAUCUGUCUUCUUUAGGUGAGGCUGAAGGACUUGAUAUUGUUACGCAUGGGAAGUUAUCUUAUUUCUCAGCGUCCAAACUUUAUAAGUUAGACACAAUGCUGGGGCAUUCUUUGUCCUUGCCGGGUGGGUGGCCUGCACCUCAUAAGUUAAGGAAUUUUAUUUGCUACUCAAAAGAAGCUUGCAUCAAACAAAAUUGCAUGUAUUUGGAGUUUCUGGGGACACAGUGUGCUGCUUAUGAAUUUAGUAUUGACUGUAAUGGAUGCUUGAUGGAACUUUCUUUAACUUCCAUGGACCAUAUAGGUACUAAGUUAUUGAUUGAUGGAAAGCAAGUAGUCCCAUCUGUGAUUCCCUUUCAGAUGUUAAAGAAUAUUCUGUUUCCUAAGGAUUCAAAUGAGUUGAGUAUAAAGCAUGCUAAGCUGGCAGAAUUUGACCUGGAGUUGGUCAAUAAGAUGCUUUAUUUUGCUGCGAAAUGGACACUUGAACAGGCCACUGAGACUGAUCUUAAUCUUUAUCUUUUCUGGUUUAAAUGGUAUAGUUCCAUUGUAGAGCCGUAUUGUCACUUUUUCCGAUCUUUCUUAAACCUACUUGAAAGGUUGAUAAAUCAUUCUAUUUGGAACUGUAUCAUUGAUUGCCGAAGAGAGCUUUCUUCACAUUGUCAAAUAGAUCUAAAUAUGCAACCCCUUCCGAUUCUUUCAUUAAAGUUGAUGGAAUUAACUGCGUCAAAUAGAGCAUUACAAACAACCAGUGGACGCCUCUUUAAUGCUAUCCAGUGCAUAAGCCUCUUACAACUUAGUUUUCAACAGUGGAAUACAGAAGGUGAAUACAACCACAGUGAUGAAACUCGUUGUUUAGUAACAUUAUUGGUAGCCCUACAGGAGUUGGAAACAAAGGUGCUUGAUAUUCUUAUGGGGUCACCUAGCUUCGAUCUACUAUUCCAAUUAAGCACUAAUCUUCUUGAGGAUCACACAUUGUUUUGGAAGGGUAUUACCUCAUUCCAGAUUGAAUACUUGCUAAUAUCUUGGCGUUCUUUGAGGAAGGAUGUUUUAAGAUUGCAGAAAUUUUUUCCUAAAGAGGUUAAUAAUGUACUGGUUGAAAGUAGAAAUCUGGCUAGAGUAUCAUCUUGGGGUCUCCAUUCACCGAAGUCGAUGCUGUGGUUACAUGGGGGUCAUCCAUUCUUGCCAUCCUCUGCGGAUGUCUACUGUAAAUUGCAACAGCUUUUAUGCUUCUGUGAAUUAGUUUGGCCAGUAAAGAUAAAAUUCAUUCGGACAUUUGAGAAGAAGCAUCGUUCUGGGAAUGAGUUUACUGUCGAAUCUGUUGUAUCUUCGAAUAAAGAACUCCGAUUCUUAGCAAUGCAAGGUGUUUGCAUGGCAUCAUAUUUUUCAAGCAAUAAUGAUCAAAGUGACAUCCACAUUGUUCAACAAUUGGAAGAGAUGUAUCAGAUGCUCUUGGGGAGGGUUGAACAUGAAAAGCAGAAGCUGGUGCCUGUUUUAAUAUCUGAUGUGCAUGCUUCUGCAAUGGAAAUCUCAUCUGUUUGUUGCUCUUUCUGCCCUGAGAUACUGUGUACAAAGUCUGGUUUCAAUGGUUGGCAAGAGAUUCUUCCUAUCAUUGACAGAAUGAGCUUUUUCCUAGACCUGGAAUUACUUGAAGAAUUAUCAAAGAUAGUUGUGGUAGAUGCCAAUGAACAGUAUCAGGGUUUGUCUCAUGCUUCGAAGCUUCUCGAAUUUGCGUUGAACUUUUCAUUGAGUUACUCUUCAAGACCUCCUACAGAUUUUUUACCACAUCAGCGGAUUCUAUGGACAUUGGAUGCUUGGACUUCUGUAGAAUCAGUGAGUACAAAAAUUGGGAGUUUUGUUUUGGAGACGUGGUUUAGAUGGCAUUCAUCCUUGUGGAUCCAUUCCCAUCAACCAGCUAAGAUUGAUGGUUAUUACGUUGCACUACCUUAUAUGCUUUUCCAGCCUACAGUAACAGCUACACUUGGUCAGAUCCUGUGCAGUACAUUUUCCGUCAGGGACUACCCUGUGCAUUGUCUGAAGCUUAGAGUAGCUUCAGGAAAUCUUUGGCAAAGUUCUCCACCAGAGAGAGAGAUAUCUAGCAUUCUUUGGUCCACUGCUCUGUCUCUUUUCCAACAGAUUAUAUUUGCCCACCGGAAAUCUUUUGAGGGAGAUAAAUUUUCACAGAUCAAGUCUAUUCUUUGUUCCAUUCGAGCGAACACAAUUACGGAAGAUAAUCUCCAGACUCUAUGCUUGCUUAUUGCAUCAUCAAGCCACAGUAGAUUGACAUCCUUAAAGGAUUCAUUUGUUGAUCCACUUCUUAGAGAGUUAUGCCAGAAUUCAUCUCAUGGUUUCCUUUACAAUCUUGGUUGCGCAUGGUUUCACCUUGGGGGAUUGCGUUUUCAUCUUUUGCUGAACUCUGAUGAUAUCGAUCCAGCCAUUAAGUAUUCUUUGAAGCUUUCUCAAGUAGUAGAAAAGAUUGCUUUACUUGAAUGUGAAAUUGAGGUGCGACGAGAGUGUGAGCAUUUAGCGGGGAAGUUUUCAAUGAAAGAUGAAAAGGCUACAAAGCUGGAGUUGGAAAAGCUUGAGUUGGAGAAGAGAAGGCUACAAAGAAAGAUUGUGUUUCGGCCUGAUCCUGCAAAAUUUAGGAAGUUAAAAUCCGAGUGUGAUGAUUAUAUGGGGCAAUCGACAUCUGCUGUUGAUCUGGUAAAGAAUCUUGGAGUAAUGAACUCACAGCAGUUGAUUGCUCAAGCAUGCAACUGGCAGGAGACUGCAACCAAGUUUAUUAAUCGAUUGUCAGAUGAGUACAUUGCUUAUAUCGAUAUAAUCCAACCAAUACAAGUUGCAGUGUUUGAAAUGAAAUUGGGCAUGUCGUUGGCUGUGUCAAGUGCUUUGCAGAAAGAAUUUCUCAAUAAAGUUGUGGAAGACAAUUUUGGUCAUAUUCUGGAAACAGUCUAUUCUUUCAUGCAAUUUCCUAGAAGUUGUGUGGCUAGACCCAUACAUUUUGAAGCCAAUCUACCUAAGGUUCUAUGUUGUGACCCAGAUCAUUCUGCAAGUACUUGGGCAAUGGAUAUGAAUUUGCUGAAGAAGUUACUUAGUAGUUCAAGACAUAACAUUCCUGAUAAAACAGUAUCAGCCUUGGAAUUAGAUGCUGCUUUUUACCAUAAUAUGCUUGUUCAAGUUACAGUUGAAAUGGCCAAUUCACUUCUAAUAGAUAAUACAUCUUUUAGCCUAUUAGAUGAGAUAUUUGACCGACUUGCAAGCAUGUGGAUGGAUAUGAAAGUUCAAACAAAAGCAAAAGAAGAUGAAGAAGCUCAACAAUAUAAAUUCAGGCCCCGUGCAUUCAAGAUAGAAGACAUUCUAGAAGUUGAUAUAUCAACUCUUAAAGAUUCUUUUCUAAAUGAAAGUUUAUGUGCAGAAUGGCAAGAAAUGGUGGCAGAACUUACAGAAAUGGUACCCACCAAGGAACAUGAAACCCUCAAGGAAGAAUGGAACCAUGUACAGGAAUCCAUUUUGAUGAAUAUGGUCCACAUUCACAAUCGAUUAUUUGGUUCCGUUGAUCUGGUUAAAAAGCCCGGAAAUAUUCAGAUCUCUGAUGCCGAAAGACUGCUUUCCUUCAUGGACUCCUAUAGACUGGGAACAGGCGUGUUAAGAGAGUUACAUGGUAUGUUGUCCUCUAGUCUGGAUGCAAAACUUAUUCCAGAACACUUACUUUACCUGUGCUUGGAGCAUGACAAGAAAUUUGGGUUAUCUCGAAAACCAGAUCACAUCUACAAUAUUUACAAGGAUUCAAAUGCUCCUAUGAUGGCUAAAAUGGUAAAGCCACUGACUAACAUUCAACAAAGGAUUCUCUCUCUUUUGAAUGAGUGGCCUGAUCAUCCAGCUCUCCAGAAAGUUCGGGAUAUAACUGAAAUGCUGCUGUCCAUUCCUCUAAUUACCCCAUUGACCAAGGUUCUUUCAGGUUUGCAAUUUUUGCUCUCAAGGGCCUGGAUAUUACAAGAAAAUUCUUCAAAGUUCUCUCUUUCUGAUCAACUGGAACCCAUUUUUAGUUUGAUGUCGUCAUGGCAAAGGAUGGAGUUUGACUCUUGGCCUGCAUUGCUUGAUGGUGUUCAGGAGCAAUAUGAGAUUAAUGCUGCAAAGCUUUGGUUUCCCCUGUACUUGGUUCUACAUCGUGGACAUUCUGCAGAUAUUGCUGCAGAUGAUCAAUACACCAUUGAAAGUUUGGAGGAGUUCAUACAAACAUCCAGUAUCGGUGAAUUCAUGAAACGUCUUCAACUUCUUUUUGCUUUCCAUGGCCAGAUAAAUACUGGUGUAUGUCUGAAAUAUUAUUCGAGUCCCUGUAUGAUUGAAAAUCUGAUUAAGAUCUUGUACAAUGUCUUUGGCUAUUAUGUCCAGUUCCAGCCUAUAGUUUUGGAGCACAUUGAUGCUAAUCGAAGAAAUAUUGAGACAGAAUUGAAAGAACUUCUGAAACUUUCUCGAUGGGAGCAUUGUGAGAGUCAUUUGUUGAUAGAGACCUCUAAAAGGACCCGACAAAAGCUUCGAAAGCUUAUACAAAAAUUCAAUGACGUACUGCAAGAACCUCUAAUGGAUUUUCUUACCCGACAUGCUAAACAAAGAGGAAUUAAAACUCCAUCUACACCGGGACCAAAGCUAUUCAGUGACAUUUCUGACAAGUACGGGGAGAUUGUGAUGGCUACAUUUGAUAUGACGCAGUUCAGUUCUACGGAAAGGCCGAUAUGGUACACUGACUGGAGAAAGAUGGUUGAUUUUGCUGUGCAAAAUCUGCAGCACAGAUCUGACCUUCCACAUUUGUCUUUUGAGGACAUCAAACUUGGAGAAAGUUUCCUCAGGGAUUUCUUAGCCUCCAAAUCAUCACACCUCAUGUAUGAGGAAGAGUGGACGGCUGCAUGGCUUUCACUUGAAAAGAUAUGCAGAACUGCAACUGAAUGUGCUGACCUCUGGAAGGAUGGAAACAGGAGUCCUGGAAAGAGGAGGGCUCUGUCUAACCUUUUAAAGCUUCUGGAAAGCUGUGGGCUAUCAAGACACAAAUCUGUGAUUUUUGAGGCUGAUCGCAAAUCUGAGCAAACAAGUAGAUGGUUUCUUCAGCCGUCAUAUGAUUCGCAGCAUUUGUUGCUUGCACCAAGUGGACUGUCUUCUGGAAACGUGAAUAGCACUGCCUCUUCCAAAUUUCUGCCAAUUGAAGAUUCCAAUUCAAUCUGGAAGAUGGCAAACCAGUACUACUACAAGAGCAUUGCAUCAGUCAAACUUCUAAGGCAGAUAUGCCUUAAUUUUCACAAAGAUUUCAGUCUCGAACAGGUCAAUAGGUCGGCCUCAUUUCUUGAUCAUCUCAUUGCAAUACAACAGGAGCAACGCUCUGUUGCUUACCUUUUUGCUGGGCAUCUAAAAAGUUUGAGGAGAUGCAUGUCCUCUUUAAAACAUUUAGAUACAAAAUCCGUCCUUGCAGAUCAUGGAUUUGGUAACGAGUGUUUUGUCAUCCCAAACCAGCAUGCCACACAGAAGUCCUUGUGGCAACAAAAGCAACUAUUUGAUAACCUAUGUAAUAUGUCCUACGAGGUAUCUUUAUUGCUGGGAACUGUUGACAAUACCCAUUCAAAUACUUGCCAAAGUAUCAAGGUUGCAAUCAAUAGCUUUCUCCUUUUUAUCGAGAAAUUUAUUCCCGAUUUUCAGAAGUCUAAGGAAUCAUUAGAUCACUACCUUCUAGGUGAUAAUGGGUCUGUCACCACCCCAGCUGCUUCCUUGCCUCCUUUCAUUAUUUCAAGACAAAUGGAGGAAUUGGUAAUGCAUAACUUUCAAGUCAUAAGUACUUUUGAGUGCCAUGUGCGGGCUUUCUGUAGCCAAACUGUUGAAGGAAGAUCAGUAAAAGAGGUUUUGCUCGGUCGUUUUGGGGAUAUAUUUAACAAGGCAAAAGUGUUGGAAGAGUCCCAUUCUGUUCUGGACCCAGGAAGUCGAUCAAUAAGUGCCUAUGAAGAGGGAAAUUCUUUUGAACUUGAUGCUGCAUUUGCUGAAUCUUUCAAGAAAACAUACAAAAUGAUUAUGGAAGCAUUUGAAAAACUAGGCAAUGGUUAUAUUCAUUCUGAAGGCUCAACUGGGAGUUUGACUUUGUGGAAAACUCUAUUUGAGUCAUUAACAAUUACCCUACAGUUGGACUUGAUAUGUGAUGAAGUUGCUAAAACUAUCAGUUACGCGGGAAAACUAGUAAACCAUGCAGGAUAUAGAGAUCCUAAUUUGUGCAGCCAAGUAGGAAUGUACUUUAAUCAUCUUCAUGGAUUUCUGGACCUAAUAUGUGGAUUUGGGGAUGGUUUACUACUUCAGUUUCUAACCAUGCACAGAGCAGUGGCAGAAAUGACUCACAUGCUUACAAAUUUGUUUGCCUCACUAUAUUCUGAAGGGUUUGGCACUUCUGCAGAAGAGCAGGAAGCUGAUACAUGUGGUGAUAAUUCAAAAAAUGCCAGUGGAACAGGUAUGGGUGAGGGUGCAGGUCUGAAUGAUGUGAGUGAUCAGAUAGAUGAUGAAGAUCAGCUUCUUGGUACCUCUGAGAAGCCAAAUGAUGAGUUAGAUGCCUCAAAAGAGGUCCCAAGCAAGAAUGAAAAAGGGAUUGAGAUGAAUGAGGAUUUUUCUGCUGAUACUUAUAGUGUCAGUGAGGACUCUGGAGAUGAUGGGGAUGAAGAUGGUGAGGAUGAGAAACUGGAAUCUGCAAUGGGGGAAACUGGAGAUAAAGGUGAAGUUGUUGAUGAAAAACUCUGGGAUAAAGAUGAAGAUGGCAAUCCGGAUAAUACAAAUGAAAAAUAUGAAUCAGGCUCUUCUGUCAGAGACAUGGAUUCCAGCUGUAGAGAGAUGCAUGCAAAGGAAGAUGAUGCCAUCAUGGCUGAUGAAUCUUCGGAGCAGAUAUCAGAUGAAACUGACAAACAAAAGGACGAGGAUGAAAACCUUGAUGUUCCUGACGAUAAUGAUAACAUGGAUGACAUGAAGAUUGACAAGGAGACAGCAUCCGCAGAUCCUUCAGGAUUACAGCUUGAUGAGCAAAAUAAAGGUUUCGAAGAAAACAUGAACACGGAAGUACCUGAAGGUUCUGAGACCAUGGAGGAAGCUGAUCCAGAGGAAUGUGAUGAAACCACCAACGAUGAUUUUCCUGAGGAUGGAAAGGAUAGUCCGAUGAUUGAAGACAUGGAUCUAGGGAAAACCGAAGGAGUUGAUGGAAAUGGUGAAAAUGAUGAUACAAUACAGGACCACUGUGAGAGUGCUGAAGUGGACAUGGUAGGACAAAACAAAGAUGCAUUUGAACCAGGGAAGACUGACUUGAUCAGUGAUCAUAUCUUUAACCCGGAAUCUGCGGCACAGCCAAAUUCUAAUGCACAGACUACAGAUUUAAGUGCUGGAGGAGCAGAGGCUCAAUGGAUUAACAGUAAUGUUAUGCAAAAUGGCAUUGCUCCCUCAAGCAGCAUGCGCUCUAGUGAUAUCCCUGACUUGGAAAUUACAAUGCCCGAUGCAUCAAAGGGUGAGAAAUUGAUUGGUGAUCAACCCAGGGCUCAAUUACCCCAGCCUGAUACUCCAACUCGGCAACGAAUGCAACCAAACCCUUGCCGGAGUGUUGGGAAUGCAUUGGAAGAAUGGAAAGAAAGAGUCAAAACAUUAGUGGAUGUGCAAGAGGAUAACGAAGAGGGUACUCAUGAUAUGGAAGAUGAAAAUGCCAACGAAUAUGGAUUUGUUUCUGAGUUGGAAAAGGGCACAGCUCAGACAUUGGGUCCAGCAACAUCUGACCAGAUUGAGAGGAAUAUCAAUAAUAACAAACCUAAUGUAGAUGAUAGUCUCGAACAGAAAGAAGAUCUCCCUCUGAUGGAGAAUGAGAAGCAACACUCUGAAACACAUCCUGUUAUGAGUUCCAAUGCCCCUGAUCUCAGACAGAAAGUUGAGGAGAAAAUGCAGAAGUCAGUCAUGAAUGAUGAAUCAGCCAUAGAGGGGUUAGCAGAAGGUGAUGAUCAAGGUGAUGAUGAUCCAGGAAGCCAAUCUGGGAGCCUGGUCUCGAUCAAUAGGUCGUACUUGAGUGAGCACAUGUUGCAACUCGGUAAUCUUUCGGUGAAUGAUGAAGAGAUGGGUCAAGAAAAGAAACUUGAAGAAGUAAUUGAUGGUAUGAAAGAUGAUGGUACUGCACUCUGGAGAAAAUAUGAGCUACGCACGACAAGGUUAUCUCAGGAGUUGGCUGAGCAAUUGCGUCUGGUCAUGGAACCUACUUUGGCAAGUAAGCUGCAGGGAGAUUAUAAGACUGGUAAAAGGAUCAACAUGAAGAAGGUAAUUCCCUAUAUAGCAAGCCAUUACCGGAAGGAUAAGAUAUGGCUGAGACGAACUCGACCCAACAAACGUGAUUAUCAAGUUGUAGUUGCUGUGGAUGAUUCCCGCAGUAUGUCUGAGAGCCGCUGUGGGGACGUUGCUACAGAAGCUUUGGUCACGGUAUGUCGUGCCAUGUCUCAACUAGAAGUUGGAAAGUUGGCCGUUGCAAGCUUUGGCAAGAAAGGAAACGUAAGGUUAUUACAUGACUUCGAUCAUCCCUUUACCGGAGAAGCUGGGGUCAAGAUGAUCUCAAGAUUGACAUUCAAGCAAGAGAACACUAUAGCAGAUGAACCAGUAGUUGAUCUGUUGAAGUAUUUAAACAACAUGCUUGAUGCUGUUGUUGAAAAUGCACGUCUCUCAUCUGGACAGAACCGACUCCAGCAGCUCAUAUUGAUUAUAGCAGAUGGCCGAUUCCAUGAAAAGGAAAACUUGAAGCGCUGUGUUAGGGAUGUCUUGAAUAGAAAGCGUAUGGUUGCAUUUCUGCUUCUGGAUAGCCCGGAAGAGUCUAUCAUGGAACUCAAGGAAGUAUCAACUGAGGGUGACAAAAUUACCUUUACAAAGUAUCUAGAUUCGUUUCCCUUCCCAUACUACAUUAUAUUGAAGAAUAUUGAAGCACUUCCGAGGACCCUUGCUGAUUUGUUGAGACAGUGGUUUGAGCUUAUGCAAAAUACAAGGGACUAAUGAAAUCAGGAAGAGAUUCCAAUGUAGAUGGUAUGGAGUAUCCUGAAAACAGUGAGCCACGAAAAUAUGUUCUGUUCAAUCUCUAUAAUCAGAUUGUUGGACGCCCAACAAGAAAUGAUGGAAGAAUAUGGGGGAUUCAGUUCAGGGACUGCCAGAGAUUUCAUUGCCGAAACAAGGU